CGCGUCCGCCCCCGCCGGGCCGCGCGCUGCCGAGCCGGGAUCCGCGAGUGCGCGCCCAGCGCAGGACCAGCGCGGCUGCCCGAGGGUCGCGCCCGUGUCCGCGUCCAUCCCCCGGCCGCAGACCCCGUGCUCCCUGCACCCUACCGCCCCCUGCUGCGCGGUGCCGCCGGCCCUCGACGCUGCGGCCGGGGGCCAGCGCGCACUCUGACGGAGCAGCCCCUGCGUGUCCCCGAGGACUGAGCCCUUCCCGGCGCGUUUGCCAAGCACGGCCACGCUCCAGUGCCAGUGAGCCGGACAUGAUCUCCACGAGGGUGAUGGACGUCAAGCUUCGGGAGUCUGCUGAAGGCCUUGGGGAGGAUGGCACAGGAAAGAAAAAAUCCAAGUUUAAAACUUUUAAGAAGUUGUUUGGGAAGAAGAAGAGAAAGGAAUCGCCCUCAUCCACGGGAAACAGCACCUGGAAGCAGAAUCAGGCCAAGAGCGAGGUCAUUGCCGUUGAGUCAGGGCCAGUGGGCUAUGACUCUGAAGAUGAGCUGGAGGAGUCCAGGGGCACUCUGGGCAACCGUGCCCUCUCGCACGACAGUAUCUUCUUUCCUGAAUCGGGACAGGACCCUGCUAGGCCUGUGCGGGUGUUUUCCCAAGAAAAUGUGUGUGACCGGAUCAAGGCUUUGCAGUUAAAGAUACAAUGUAACGUGAAAAUGGGGCCACCGCCUCCAGGAGGCAUUCCUAUCAAGAGGGCCGAGGAAACUGGUAUAAGUUCCGAGGAUGACGGACUGCCCCGGAGCCCCCCAGAGAUGUCCCUGCUGCAUGAUGCGGGUCCAGGCACAACUAUAAAGAUCUUAGUGUCCUCAUCGCGGCCACAGUCUCCUGACCACAUGAGCGAUGCCACCGUCUCCUCUCGGACCUUGGAUGGCAGCCUGGCACCUGUGGCUGACUUCAGCCACCCUCCUGAGUCCUCGUCCUGCCUGGACAACUCUGCAGCUAAACACAAGCUCCUGGUUAAGCCCCGCAACCAGCGAUCAAGUAAAAUGAGGCGCCUGUCUUCGAGGGCACAGUCUGAAUCUCUGAGUGACCUGUCAUGGACCCUGGAGGAGGAAGAACAUGAAAAGAAACCACUGCUCCGGGUCAACACAGAAGUGGACCCCAGCUCUGGGCACUGGGAUUUGAUGCUGGGCAGAAGGCCUGAGCUUGGGGGACCUGCAACCUUGCUGCUGCCUGGAGGGGCCUGUGCUAGGCGUGCUCGCCUACAGCAUAGUGCAGCCGUCAGUGGCAGCAUGGAGGAGGGAAGCUCUCCUGGAGAUGAGCCCUCAAGCCAUCGGGCUACGCCAGAGCUCACUGAGCCCAUGGCAGUCUCAGUUCCGUGCCCAGAGACCCCAUCUCUGCCAGAAGGUUCUCCGUACCAUAUUCCCCACAGUGAAAUCCAGAAGGAAGAACUGUCCUCUGGAGGCCUGUGUCCCCUAGUGGAAAGCAUGUCUGAGGAGGUUUUUUGUGAUUCUGGAGAUGUGGAAACUCCACUGUCUACUGACGUCCCUGACGGAGGCAUGGCACCUCCCAAGGACUCAGUGGCACCUGAGGACACAGCACUUCCUGAAGGAGACACAGCACUUCCUGAAGGGGAGACUGUACCUUCCAAAGAGGACAUAACACCCCCUGAGGGAGACACAACACAAGUCAUGGCACCUCCCAAGAGAGACUUGUCACCUUCCAGGAGUGACAUGACACCUCCCAAGAGGAUCAUGACACCUCCAGAGAGAGACAUAGCACUCCCAGAGAGAGACAUGUCACCUUCCAAGGGAGAUGUAGUACCUCCCAAGAGGAUCAUAGCACCUCCUGAGAAAGACAUGUCACCCCCAGAGAGAGACAUGUCACCUUCCAAGGGAGAUGUGGCACCUCCUGAGAGAGACAUGUCACCUCCAGAGAGAGACAUGUCACCUUCCAAGGGAGAUGUGGCACCUCCCAAGAGGAUCAUGGCACCUCCAGAGAGAGAUAUGUCACCUUCCAAGGGAGAUGUGGCACCUCCCAAGAGAAUAAUGGCACCUCCAGAGAGAGAUAUGUCACCUUCCAACGAAGACAUGACACCUCCCAAAGGGAUCAUGGAACCUCCCAAUAGGGACACAAUGCUUCCAAAGGGAGAGGCACCACCUCCUGAGGUUGUCACUGACACCAACUUGGAGACACCUUCAGAUACAGAGGGACAGGAGCAAAGUGUUCAGAAGGAGGAGGAGCUGACCCUGGUGGUACCCAGGCCUGAGGAAGCAUGGACAGAGUCAUGCACAGUCCCUUCCCCGAGCCCUCCCGUACCCAAGAGCUGCCUGAAGCACAAGGUCCUGGCUCCCAGCAGGUCCCCUGCAGAGUCUCAUCUAAAAGAGUCCAGUCCCAGAGUCCAGGACAGAGCAGUUGUGCUCCCAGCCCGCCCCAGGCCUGCACAGGCUGCAGCAUCAGGGGGUCCAGAGAAGGCAGCCCUGGGGAGGAAGAGUGAGCGGAGUACUGAACCACAACGCAGCGUUAAGAGGUUCUCUGUGACCUCGAGCAGAGCACGUGCCCGCGGCAAUAGCUCUCGCCUUAUGGAACAUUCCGGGCAUGCGCCUGCAGGGGGCCGUGCACCCUUACUACGGAGUGGCCUUGCCUGGAAGAGCGAGGCGGCUCUUGAUGACCUCCAGGUGCUGGCAGAGCCCCAGGACAGGAAGGCAGUGGGUGGUGACCCUCAGGACUCAAGGGACAUGGGGGCUGGCCAGGCAGGACCAGGCAGUAGCCUCCAAGAUGCUGAUACGUGUGCUUCCUCUGUGAAGGAGCCAGUCCCAGGGGAGGACCAGAGCCCCUUCCCAGUCAAGCUACGGUCCACCUCGCUCUCACUCAAGUACAGAGAAGGCUCUGCCCAGGAGGCCAAAGCCGUCAAGAGGUACAGCGCCGAGGUCAGGUUGGAGAGAGGAGGCUUGACUCUGCACCCCAAGGAUGAACAGAGCCAUGCUGGGCCUGCCCCGACACUGCGAAGUUCCAGGUCCCCCAAUGGGCAAGGGAAAGGGAAGUCCAGGUCUCCUGAGCAGUCCAAUAUGAAGCCACCCCUGCCCAGGAAGCCGCUCCUGCAGAGCCUCACCCUGCAGUACCCACCCGCAGGCCUGGAUGCCAGCCCUGGGGAGUCUGAGAGACUCAUAGCGGUCAUCCCGCCUCCCGAGCCCAGGAAGGAGAAGUCGCCCCAGCAGGGAACUGAAAAGGGUCAGCCUCCUGCUGCUACAGGUCCUGGGGCUGAUGGGCAACCCACCCCACCCUGGAUCACCAUGGCCCGGCAGAAGCGAAGAGGAGCCCCAGACCUGCCUGUCAACCAGGAAGACAAGCCUGGGUCACGGAUCCUAAAGACAGAAACUGGAAAGCAAACCCAGGAGUCUGUGAAGCAGGGUGACUUUGUCCGAAGCAAAUCUUUCCUGAUGACCCCUGCGAAGCCCCCUGUGACCCAGAGGCAGGGGUCAAAGCUGAGCCUAAAGGAAGGACUACAGAGAGGAAUCUCGCUGUCCCAUCAGAACUUGGCAGCUCAGGCUGCAGCAAUGACAGAGAAGGAGUUGCAUCAGCUGAAGAGAGCCAGUUACGCGACGAGUACCGAUCAGCCAUCCUGGAUGGAACUGGCCAGAAAGAAAUCUCAGGCUUGGAGCGACAUGCCCCAGAUCAUAAAAUAGAUUGGCAGCCUGCUGAUGAAGGACGUUCACUGCAUUGACGGACCACUUAGUUUUAAACUGCCGAUAAAUCAUGGCAAACAGACUGUGAAACUUAAGAUUGAUUUUGGUCAACAAAUUAUGAUGUGCUGGGGAAGAGAGAGGAAACAGGCGGAACCAAAAGACAAGACAGCCUCCGUCUUGGGCCAGAGGGGCUGCAGCAAGGAGGAACCCUGUAAAAGCUCCUUCCUGAGCUGAGGUAUCAACUCAAAAUCCCCAUUCUAAAGAGGCCCCAGACAGCCCGCGAAUGGAAAUGAAGAGGGUGCACAUGUUGGGUGCCCUUUAAGAACAGAACCGGAACUUCUUACUUAGGAGUCCCAGGUCUGCACUGUCAUCAGCCAGUGCCUCUGGCCACUGUCUUGCCGUGGACCAUCGUCACCUUUUGUGUGUACUGAUAGGCAUGACGUUUAUAGUACAGCAGGGAUGCCGUUUAUAAGAGCAGCUACGCAACAAUCCAGUUUCCUGAAGACGUCCGCCCCUGAGAAGGGGAGGACAGGACGUGUCAGGGUUUGUCGAUUCAGAGACUGUUUCCAGGAAGAAUUUUUAAAUUUUUCCACUAGGCGUCUGUGUCCUGAACCAUUGCACAAUGCAUUGCCUGUUUAAUAAAAGGUUUCAAACCUG